AUGCAGAGGGCUAAAGAGAUGUCGAUGGAAAAGUGUUUACUUCUGGCCAUGGCUAUCUCCAUAUGUCUGGCCAGGAUGUAUGUUGCUAUGUCUCUUCUGGGAUAUGUGGUUCUUCAGUGCAUCGUGGUGUGUUUGUUUAUCCUCUCUGUGUCCAUCUACGGGGCGCUCAGAAUAAGGAAUGGUGAUAAGGAAAACAAGAUCUAUGCCGAAAGAGUUGCGCGCUAUGACGCCCUUGACAGCCUCAACAAGAUGGAGGAGCCAUGCCAAGGCACUCCCAAAGAAUAA